UUUGACCUCAACCAAGACUCGGUACUAAAAUCCGCAGCUUGUUCUCUGCCAACCUGGAACCUGCAAACCAUAUCCGGGCUUUGCUGUACCUUGAUGUCUGUUCUGCCCUUACAGCGGCCAUUAUAGUGCCAUCUGGUGCCAUCUGGUGCGGUCUGGUGUUGUUUGGUGCCCUGCCUGUUACCCCAUGCUUGGUUCAUGGAAGCGAGAAUGCUGUAAGUGAGGGAGCGCGUACUCUUGGAACGGUUUCCAAGUCUCAGGUAGGUACACAAUCAUUUUUCAGUUCUCACUGGGGGCUGAUAAGGCUCAUUUCAAGGUUAAAGUUGCCAUUUGGUGGUGUGUACCUAUUCCCAUCCUCUCCUCUGCCCGAAUGGGUCUACUAUGUGCCCAUCCAGCCCCCUCCCCUUGAGACUCGAGAGCUUUUGGCUUACAGUGGCGCCGGAAAGUCAACUCGUUAGUUUGGCCAUUUCAUGUUCCCCUGCCCUUAUGGCCGGUUUUCAGGACCGAAAUUGUAAAGUGUGAUACAGGCCCUCCCUUUGGCCCUGCUCGCCCUCAUUCCGCAAUUGUAGAAGCGAGUAUAGUGGUAAAAUAUUGCGAAUGCUAUAUAUCCAUAAAUCCCACAUGGUUUGCUUCUGGCGAGGAAGCAAUUUCUGGAUUGCGCGGGAUCUAAAUGAUUACGGUGAUACAUCCCAGCUGCUGCCUCUUCUUCCCUUAUGCUGCUUCUUUAAGAAAAAGAGGAUGAAGAAGAACAUCGAAGGAGCAAAUACUCCCAACGUUUCUGCCACGGGUAAAAGGAAGACCGUCUACGCAGGAGUAAAUCCUCCCCAGCUCACACUUUGGACCCCUGCAUAAGCCUGUGGCUAGCUUGUCCUUCAUUCCUACUACAUGCAUGCUUGCUACGUGUGGUCUGAGCUCGGGCGCUUCUGAAUUCCCAGCAUUAAUUUCAAUAAUAUAAAUAAUUGUUAUUCCCUGCGAACGGCACAGCUGGAGAGUGACCGGGUUUGGCUCGACCCGUGUGUAGAGCACGAGCUACUACAGGCCCACACGGCCCAUCAGAGUCUAGGUAGCAGAUACAUAGCAUAGGGAACCGUGGUUAAGACGGAAAGUAUAAGGUGGGACUUGGACUAGCGAAAUCCUUUUCGGUCCCGACCUAUUCUUCCCCAGACCCUUUCCUCCACCAUUACUUUUUGUCUUGGCUUGUCUUCAAGUUCCCACAUCCCCCACUAUUACUACAUAUCCCCUCGCUCCUCAUCUCCGUCACACAACUUGUUGCUGUUAUCGUUCCCCAUGCAAUAGCCAAGCACAUCGGAGGGAAAUAUUUGCUUUUUGUUUGAACUCCCUCGUAUGCCAGAAAGAGACACAGAACACAAGCCCUUGUUUAUUACGUUACGUUUUAUUUCGUGCCACCUCAUUCAUAUAUAUACUCUACGAAACACUGCACAACAGCCUUAUUCCCCUCUAUUAUUACAAGACACCGUCGCCUGUUCAUAUCAGAACGGCUGCUUCUCUGUUCUUCUGUCCUGUCCCUUCGCCUCCCAGUAAGAUAUAAUACUUUCCUUGGCCCCUGGUGACUCUAUAGCCAUGACCUCUCCAACUUCCACUCGCGUGAAAGAGAAGAGGGACACCAGGGAAUUGGAAGAGAAAAAUGAGACAGAAGCGGAGAGAGAAGCAAGAGAGAAAGAAGAUGUUAAACGACGGUUGGAAAACCGAGAAAGGGCAUUCAUCGCCGCUUCUAGAAGAGGGGAUAGGACCAUGGAAGCACGGUUUGAGUCCGCGCUGCGUGCAUCAGAAGUUCACAAGGAACGAACUGGAAAGGGUUUGCGCAUCACGCUCGAAGCUGUCGAGAGAGAGGAGAUGUACGAUGAAUUAGAUGAUGAGCACGGUAGGAAACGUCGGUGCCAUAUCGAUAGUCUUCAGCUCAGGUCCCAAUCGUUGGAUGUACAUUUACAUCCGUACAUGUUGGCCAAUUUUGCCAAAACUCAUGCCGGUCAACCAUUCCCGCAGUUGAACGGUAUGCACAAUCCAUACCAUACAGGGCCGAUACCAGCUCCGGAAGUAUAUGGUUCGGCAAUAUACCGCUUCAAUGGCGUACCAGGUGUGGAGGGCAUGUUCAAUAAUCCGUUCAGCCCAUCAGUGCCAAAUGGAAGGCCCAAUUCUCUCCCCAUUUCACACAACACUCCCGGCUAUGAAAGCCAGGGAUUCACCAAUUUUAAUGGUCAGAGUAACAGACUUAACCGACGAGUUGCUUCGGAUCCCGCCAUUGAUGUUACACACCUGCAUCACGCUGGAUCAUCAACCGUGCGACCGGAAUCUCACCCGCAGAAGUCUAUUCCUAGCUAUUCCAUAAACCACCCUUCCCAACAACAGCAACAGUGGCAGCAGCACCUGGAACAAACUCGACAGCAAGGGAACCAUUCAACAAGACCACCUUCAAAUAUCCAACAAUUAUAUCGAACCGUGCAGCAGGUCUCUCCAACUGGUCAGCAAAGAACGUCAAGCGUCAGGCCAGCUCCAAAUAUUCGGCGGCAAUCAUAUCAGGAUCUCCAGCAACCGCGCCCUCGACGCCUGAACACACAAUACAGAGCAAACCAAGUUAUACGCAUGAAUUCCUUUGACUGCAUGCGCUACGCCCAUACCCCAGCUACCAAUUCUUCAGCCGAAGGGAUGGGAACCCCAGGCAGUUAUCCCUCGAGUGCCACCGAGUACAACUGGGGUGUCAACAAUUCCGCAGUGAAUUCCGCCCCAAUACAGAGUUCCAUUAGCGCCAGUGCCGAUUCUCGUAACUCGAAUAAUCAUAACUGUAUGUCUUCUUCUGGAAGCGUCCAGGAACCGGAAAAUCAAGCUCUCGACCCGGCUGCCCAGUGCAAACCAAUCCCAAUUAAUACCAAGAAGCCUAUGGUCCAGACGCCAUGCCUUGGAACAUCCCCAGUUUCCCGAGGAACUUCGGCAGGCUCACUGACCACCUCCGGUUCAAGUCUUGCUGACCCAUCCCUUCCUUCGCCAGCAGUAAAUCAAGGUUUUUGCGACCAAAACGCGCUUACAAUGGGCUUAAGUGAAUAUCUCCAGAAUUCAAUACUGGACAACAACGACCUUUUCGCUGAAGGAAUGCCCGGUUCAGAAACGUCUUCCUUCUUCCAAGACGCUCUUCCAGACGUCAACGGCCUUGAGCUUAGCACUGCUUCCCACGAGGGCGCUGAUGAUAAUCCGUUCCUCAAAUAUGACUUUUCAGACACAUUUGGUAUCUCAUCCUUCUGAUGGAUAAUUUGUGAACCACCAAGCGCAGGAACAUAAACUUUUAUAUCCAUGUCUUCUGUAUAUCCGUUUAUACUCUCACGCUCACUAAUACUUCAUUGGUAUUCUUAUUUACUUUUCUUUUUAUUUUUUUUUUCAUUUUUUUUUUUCUGUCUGCUGAAAAGCAUGAAGACCACCACACCAUCUUCGUCUUCUCUACGUUUUUCGCAUUGCCUGGUGCAUUUUUUAGUAACCGUACGCCUCCCAAUUUUCCCUUGAUUUGAGCCUUCAAAUUACUUUUUGUCAAAAAGAGCUGAAACGAAACGAUGAUAUGUGUGUGUAUAGAGCUCGGGCAGUUAAGGAAACCCCAAUGCCCGCACCGUGCUUCUUUUUCUUUUUCUUUCUUUUUUUUUUUAUGAUUCUCCUCU